AUGUUUGAAAUCCUCGAAGCGUACGGUAUACCUCCUGACGUAGUUGUAGCGAUCCGAGUCAUGUACGAGAAUACCUCUGCUGUAGUAAUCACUCCAGAGGGUGAGACUGAUGCUUUCAACAUCGACACAGGCAUUCUUCCGGAAGAUCGCCUGCACGUGUCAGAUGGAUCAGACAUCGAACUUGUGGGCGACUUCAAGUAUCUGGGUGGCUACACUGACUCUAGUCACGACAUGAGUAUGAGAAUAGCGCAGUCAUGGAGUGCACUCCACUCAUUGCAGAAGUUGUGGAAAGCACCCAUUCAGAAAGAUACAAAAACGAAAGUAUUUCAGGCUUGCAUUGAAACUAUUCUUCUUUAUGGCUCGGAAUCGUGGACAUUGAAUAUCACCCGCCAAAAGAGACUUGACAGCACUUACACAAGAAUGCUUCGUGCAGCCUACAACAUCUCCUGGAGACACCAUCUAACAAACAAGUCACUAUACGGCUCACUGCCUCGUAUAUCUGACGUAGUGAGGCAUUAUCGUCUGGCCCUUGCUGGGCACGUCAUUCGCCACGAUGAACCUGCUGGAAGAUUGCUGCUCUGGACUCCAGAUACAAGGAGAGGGGUCCGCCGGCCAUACGUCACCCUGAAAUCAGUCAUUGAGAGGGACACCGGCCUCACAGGAGCAGACCUUUACGCCGUAAUGGUCAAUCGAGGACUAUGGAGUUCGAACUUCGUGAAUACUUCACCGACGCCGCACGGCAUUGGAUGA